AUGUCCUUUGAAUUAAAACAAAAGGGCAAUGCCCUUUUCAAAGAAGGUGAUUACAAUGGCGCAGAGGAGAUGUAUUCGCAGGCGAUCCAAAAGAACCCCAAUGAACCAACCUUCUUCACGAACCGCGCCCUAACCCGCAUCCGUCUCGAGAACUGGACCGGAACCGAACAUGAUGCUCGCGCUGCCAUCGCUCUCUACGGCGCACACUCCACCGCCAGCCUGAAAAGCGCCUGGUACCUUGCGCAAGCGUUACUCGGCCAGCGACGGCCCCAAGAAGCACACGAAGUCGCGGUCACGGCGUACCGACUGAGUCUAAAGGCCACGGACAUCAAGCCGAAGGACAGCCAGACGGAGAAUCUGUCGCGGGUGGUGUUGCGUGCGAAGCAAGCGGUUUGGGCGGCGAAGGAGACGGCGCGGAUACGGGAGCUGGAUGAGACGUUGGCGAGUGUGGAGGGGUUGAUUGAGAGGGAGGUGGAGAGGGGAGUGGAGGAGUUGAGGGGACGGUUGGAACGGGGGGAGAUUGGGGCGAUUGGGUUUGGGGAGGAUGAGAAGGAGAUUAGGACGGAGUGGGAGGAGAAGGGGAAGAGGUUACGGGAGGUAUUUGGGAUUGCGGGGGAGAAGAAAGAGCUGGUUGAACGGGUCGUCCCCGAUUAUCUCAUCGACGGCAUCACAUUUGAAAUCAUGCAUGACCCCGUCAUUACACCAUCCGGGACCAGCUUCGACCGUGUCGGCAUCACCAAAUACGUUGAGCAGGCCAAGGUUGAUCCGAUCACGCGCGAGCCCAUGACGGUGGCGGAUCUCCGGCCGAACUAUGCGUUGAAGGCCGCGUGCGAGGAGUUUCUCGAGAAGAACGGCUGGGCAGUGGACUGGUAA